UAAAGCCAAUUCUCGCCCUCUUUCCUCCUCGUUUCUGCGUGCCUUGAACACUUGCGGCAUUGCAAGGGUGAUAAUACACUUCAUUCGAAACGACACUCGUAAACUUACUCGUUUUUGAAGUUGUUUUAGUUAUUUGCCAAGCAAGCUCCACGCUCCAGUAUCUCAAACAUGGCAAGCUACCACAAACCAGACGAAAAGACUCUCCAGGGCCUGAAGGACAUUGCCAACAAGCUGAGGAUUAAUUCCAUCAAAGCAACAUGCGCCUCAAAUUCCGGUCACCCCACCUCCUGUUGCAGCGCAGCAGAGCUCAUGUCCGUGCUGUUCUUUCACACCAUGCGCUACAAACCCAACGACCCCCGCAACCAGUGCAACGACCGCUUCGUCAUGUCCAAGGGUCACGCUGCACCAAUCCUGUACGCCGCCUGGGCGGAGGCGGGCUACGUGAAGGAGUGUGAGCUGCUCAACCUGCGCAAGAUCGACUGUGAGCUGGAGGGUCACCCUACUCCUAAACUGGCGUUUGUUGACGUGGCCACCGGCUCCCUGGGGCAGGGUCUGGGGGCAGCUUGUGGCAUGGCCUACACCGGGAAACACUUUGACAAGUCCAGCUACCGUGUGUACUGCAUGCUGGGUGAUGGCGAGUGCUCCGAGGGCUCCGUGUGGGAGGCCAUGGCCUUCGCCUCCCUCUACCAGCUGGACAACCUGGUGGCCAUCCUGGACGUGAACCGUCUGGGCCAGAGCGAGGCGGCGCCCCUGAAGCACGACAUGGAGGUGUACCGCAAGCGCUGCGAGUCCUUCGGGUGGAACACGUACGUGGUGGACGGGCAUGACGUGGAGGAGCUGUGCAAGGCCCUGUGGCAGGCCCAGCAGGUCAAGGGCAAACCCACCUGCAUCGUUGCCAAGACCUUCAAGGGCAAGGGUCUCAAAGACAUCGAGGACAUGGACAACUGGCACGGCAAGCCCAUCCCCAAGGACCGCGUGGACCAGCUGCUGGCAGACCUAAAGGCCCAGAUCCAGGCUCCCGACAAGCAUCUCUCCCCAGAGGUGCCCAAGGAGGACACGCCCCCCGCCGACCUCACCCCCAUCCGCCUGCCCGCUCCCCCCGCAUACAACCUGGGAGACAAGAUGGCGACACGCCGCGCGUACGGCACAGCCCUCGCCAAGAUGGGCCAGGCCAGCCCCCGGGUGGUGGGGCUGGACGGAGACACCAAGAACUCCACCUUCUCUGACGUCUUCAGGAAGGCCCACCCCGACCGCUACAUCGAGUGCUUCAUCGCCGAGCAGAACAUGGUCAGCGUGGCGAUCGGCUGUGCGACCCGCGACCGCACGGUGGCCUUCGCCAGCACGUUCGCCGCCUUCUUCUCCCGCGCCUACGACCAGAUCCGCAUGGCCGCCAUCUCCCAGUCCAACGUCAACCUGGUGGGCUCCCACUGUGGCGUCUCCAUCGGUGAGGAUGGCCCCUCCCAGAUGGCCCUGGAGGACCUGGCUAUGUUCCGCGCUGUCCCAACAUGCACCGUGUUCUACCCCAGUGAUGCUGUCUCUACUGAGAGGGCUGUUGAGCUGGCUGCCAACACCAAGGGUAUCUGUUUCAUCCGCACCAGCAGACCAGAAUCCAAGGUCCUCUACCCCCCAGAGGAGAAGUUUGAGCUGGGCCAAGCCAAGGUGGUGCGCCAGUCUGACAGUGACAAAGUGACUGUGAUUGGAGCAGGAGUGACUUUGCACGAAGCCCUCACUGCUGCAGAUGAGCUCGCCAGCGAGGGCGUCAACAUCCGCGUGAUCGACCCGUUCACCAUCAAGCCCCUGGACGCCGCCACCAUCGUGUCCAGCGCCCGAGCCACCGGGGGAAGGAUCAUCACCGUCGAGGACCACUACAAGGAGGGUGGUCUGGGCGAGGCGGUGCUGUCCGCCGUGGGGGAGGAGCCGGGCAUCGUGGUGACCCGUCUGGCGGUGACCCGCGUCCCCCAGAGCGGCAAGCCCCAGGAGCUGCUGGAUCUGUACGGCAUCAGCGCCAAGCACAUCGUCGCUGCCGUGCGCCAGACCUUCGCCAACUGAGGAAGCGCGCACCACGUCUACGCCUCUCUCUCUCUCUCGACCCCUCUUGUCUGCUGUCGGGACACCCUGCCGUUCUCCAUCCGCCUAGCCACCCGCGCCUCGGACCUCCAGAGUGAAAUGUUUCCUCUUACGCUUGCACCUAUUAACUUGACCAACGAGAGAGGGUUUGAGUGCACCCCAGCAGUGUUUUCAGUGAGAUGUCAGAGUUGGAACGAGGGACCAGUAGUGCUGUGUCUAGACGGAGCUUUAGAGCUAACUGUGUACUCUCCUAACGCACCUUAGCUAAACCCCCGGAACCAUAGAACGGUUCUUCCGCUGGUUUACCUUUUUAGUUCUCGUUUUCCUGCCCGAACCCAUUCCUUCUUUUGUAAACUCGUGUUUGAUUGGAUUGUUGCUGACUCAUCACCCAUAAAUACUGUAUGUGUUGUAGUUCUAAAUGGGUCUUAUGUAAUUUUGUUUUUUUUGUUGUUGGGUAAAACCCGUUUGCCGUCCACGCAAAGUUCUGCAGUUAGAGCUGAUCUGUGUUACUUAUGUUCUUUAUCAUAUCAACACAUCUUGGAUUUUUUUGAUAUUGUAGACACAUUCCUUUAUCACAGUGUGUUUGCUCCUCUUUCCAACAUUGAUUUGUAUCAUUCCUCAUUCACUGUGACCAUUCCAGGCUCUGUAAACAGACACCAUUAUGGGAUACCGGUUACUGAUCACAUUACAAUUUGAUUUACAACUCCAACUGAGGCUAAUCAUUUGAUAAGAGCUGUGUAGAUCAAGUGUCAAAACAUCUUGAUUGAAUUCACUGCUGGUUGUCAAUUUUGUGUGAUGAAUAACGUAACCUGUGUGACAUCGUUACUGACCAAUCCAGACCUCCCAUUUGUCAUUCCUGGCUCACCUGUCAGCCUGUGGCUUGUCUGCCUUGCUGUGGUUUUGCUUCAAUCAAAUAAAACUACUUGACCCUAUG